CCGGUCAUCAUCACCCAGCCUAAAACAGCCGCUCUCCUGCCCGUCGGCCCAAGAGCUGAGUGUCAAUAUUUCCCCUUAGUAAGAAAGAAAUCCGACAGAAAGUUCUGCUUGUGCCGAUUUCAUUAGUCCCGGGAUUUUGAAAUCUCUCUCGAUCAUGGAUUUUCUCCGAUCGAUUCCCACCCACAUGGAUUUCGAGGGUCAGGCUCGGGCCGAGAAUCUGUCGCGGAUCAUCGUGUUCCUCUUUGGCAUGGUCGGGCUCGUUUGGGGAUACAUCAUUCAGCAAUUCUCUCAGACUGUCUACAUUCUCGCCGCCGGAUUGGCUUUGUCCAUCUUGAUCACCGUUCCUCCAUGGCCAUUCUAUCGGUUAAAGAGUGUCAAAUGGCAGAAAGCCCGACCAGACCCUGAUGUGGCCGAUUCCAAGUCUAAGAAAAAGAAGUAGAAUCCUGGAAUUAAUCUAUCCCUACAAGUGAAAUAAAUACGUUGACUCUUCGCCACUUA